GACUUGUUUCUGCCCAACCCAUGAUGCAGCGUGGUGUUAUGCUCCUCGCGAUGGCGGUCGCUGCUGCGACCGCCCAGACGACGCCCAACUGCUCGGCCCUCUACGAGCAGUACGCCGAUCUCUCGAACGCAACCAAGACGCCAGCGCUUGCCAACUGCCGCCUCACGACGAUCGACGCAUACUGCUCGACGCCCGCGUGCUCGCAGAUCACGAACCUCGCCGCGUCCAUCGUGCCCUCGUGCCCCGUUACCAGCACAGGCCUUCUCCUCCCGACGAUUUGCGAGGCAACCUGCAAGACGCUGGUCGCGACGUUCGUUAAGGCAGUCGGCGAAUGCCAAACGCUGCCGCUUAAGCUCAUGAGCGCAGACAACUGCCGCGGGUGCCGGAAGCUCAACUCGACGUCGUUCCAGUCCGACAUGGUCUCCAGCUGCGGGCAGUCGCCGACAGGCAUGGCCUUCUUCAUCGAGCGCGACUCCAAAGUGUCACAGGGCAUGCUCAUUUGCACGCAGGCGCCGCUCCCAACGGACACGGUCGCCGACUCGGGCAACGGCAGCACGAUGUAUGUGAUCAUCGGCAUCGCUUGCGCCGUCCUCUUCAUUCUCGCUGCUACGGAAGCCGGCGGUAUGACUGCGCUCGACAACUUUGGCAACCCCGACGGCUUCCGCGUCGCCAACGACAUUCGCUUCGACGAGGAGCUCUCGCAGUUCCGGAUUCCUCAAAACGAAAUCCAAAACGUGUCGCUCCUCGUCAAGGGCGGGUACGGUGUCGUCUUCCACGCGUCGUUUGGCAAGGACGAGGUCGCCAUGAAGCAGCUACUGCCGUCCAAGGCCAAGGACCACAACGCGAUCCAGGUACGUUUAUUCCUCAUUUUUCUCGCGUUCUGA